AUGAUCUCAUCAACAACUUGGGUUCCGCGUGGCUUUCCGUCCGAGUUUCCUGAAAAAUACGAGCUUGACGAUGAGGAAAUGGAAAGAAUCAACCAACUUGCACAGCUCAACUUGGAAGACGCCAAGGAAGCAGCAGAAGAGGACGAUGAAGCCACCGAAAAGCUGAAUGAUAAAAUGCAAGAUUCUGGUAAUGGUGCCCAAAAAUUGGGUGCCCAAGCGGAUGCAGACGACGAUUUGAAAGAAUAUGACCUAGAACAGUACAAUGAUGAUCAAGACCUGGGUGAAGGAACAGAAGCUACAAUGUUUCCUGGGCUAUCUGACGAAGUGAAAUACCACGAGGGUGAGAAUGGUGAAGAUGCAUACAUGUCGCUGCCUACCGAAGAAGAGACUCACGAGGCCAAAGAAGAGCUUCAGGUAUACCCUACCGAUAAUAUGGUGUUGGCUACCAGAACAGAGGACGACAUCUCAUACUUGGACGUGUAUGUGUACGACGAUGGUGCUGGAUUCCACGAUCCUGAUGUGGCUCACGAGGCCGGUGACGAGAACGAUCCUGAUGUGGCGCGUGGACUGGUGCGUGACAGCGCUUUGUAUGUUCACCACGACCUUAUGUUGCCUGCAUUUCCAUUAUGCGUGGAAUGGCUGAACUACAAACCGGGCUCCCAAUCCGAAGAUCCCGCUAAUUUUGCCGCUGUGGGUAGUUUCGACCCUCAAAUCGAGAUUUGGAAUCUGGAUUGCGUGGAAAAAGCAUUCCCAGACAUGAUCUUGGGCGACCCACACGCUUCUGGUGACGUUGCUGGGAGUAAGAGUAAGAAAAACAAAAAAAGCAAAAGCAAGCAUGUCACAACUCACCACACUGAUGCUGUAUUGUCUUUGGCACACAGUAAGCAUUUCCGUUCCGUAUUGGCCUCUUCGUCAGCGGAUAAGACCGUCAAAUUAUGGGAUUUGAACGAAGGAAUUGCUGCCCGUUCCAUUGCCUCGCUGCAUUCUAACAAAAAUGUUUCUGCCAUUCAAUGGCACAACACCGCUGGCACAGUGUUAUUGAGUGGUGGUUACGACUCUCGUGCCGCUUUGUCGGACGUGAGAAUUGAAGACAAUUCCAAGAUGAGCAAGUACUGGUCAGUUUUGGCCGGAGAAGAAAUCGAAUGUGUUCAAUUCGCGGACGAAAACACUUUCAUGUGCGGAACAGACUCCGGUAACGUAUACUCGUUCGAUAUCAGACAAGGUGAAAACAGUUCUCCUCUGUGGACUUUGAAUGCUCACGACGCAGGAAUCUCUACCCUCAAUAUCAAUCCUUACAUUCCAAGUUUGUUGGCCACAGGUGCUAUGGGAGAAAAAACCGUCAAGCUCUGGAAAUGUGGCGAGGCGGGCCCCAGUAUGGUUCUUUCCAGAGACUUUGGUGUUGGAAACGUGUUGUCGACUUCUUUCGCGCCGGACAUCGAAGUUGCCGGUAAUAUUGUAAUCGGUGGUGUUUCCAAGGGACUGAAGCUAUGGGACGUCUUUACCAACAGAUCUAUUCGUAAAAACUUCGGUAAGGAAUUGGCCACUCUCCAAAAACAGGCCAGACAAGAAGCUCAAAGCAUAGGGAAAGCUUCAAGAAUCGCAAGAAAAUAUACCAAGAACGACAAUCCGGAUACUGUGGUGACUGUUGACGACCAGGGCGAAGACGAGGAAGAGAACGAAGGCCGCGAAGGACAAGACGAUUGGGAAGACGCCGACUAA